UAACUCAUUGACCUGCCUGCGUUCACAAUUCAUACUGUGCAGAUGGGAGGGAGAACAGCUGACUACACAGUUUAUGGGAAUAAAUUGUGUAUUUCCAUCACAAUUGUCACAAAAAGUCACUACACUGUCUCUCUGGUUGCUUUGCGAGAUCAUGCGGUGCGAUUUUUUUUUUCCUUACUGCUGCACGAGUCUGGGUGAGAAUAUGGGGGUGUGGCACCUCAUUUGCUAAAUAUAUGCAAAACUUGUUUUUCACAUUUGAGUGACUGAGCAGCGAGAACAGAUCAUGAAGGUGUUGAACAAGCAGGUGCUGAAAAAGGCUGAGGAAGCACUCAGACUCUACUUUCCUGCAUCACAACUGGUGUAUGGAUAUGUUUGUCGUAUUAAUCGAGUAGACGUUGAUCCCACAGAUGUGCUGGUGGACCAGUGGCCGGAUUUCCGUGUGCUGCUUGUUAAACCGGGUCAGCAGCAGUUGUCCUGUUCCUUUUAUAUACAGGAUCCAGACUUGAUAAAAAAUGUGUGCAUUUUUACCAAGGACAAAUCAUGUCUCAUGAACAUACUAACCAGGACAGACGUUCUUGACUGGAAGCAGGACAUGAUUUUAAGUGUUGACCUGCAGCAUGAGGCAAUGAUAAAGGCUGUAGCAGCGAACAAAAGUGUACCAAUUAACAAAACAGUUGUUGGACACUUGAUGAGAUUGCAGGAUCCAUCUAAGCUUAAAGUGGAGAGGUCAUCCUUUCAAGUGUCAUCAGUUAAGGAGUCUCACGCUGCCUUGAUUAACAGCAAAUGGGAGUUGGGCAGGGGUGAACGCACUGAGCCCCUGAUCAGGAACAUGAUCAGGAACUUCCCUUCGUGUUGCGUGCUGGAUUCAGAGGGUCGGCCGGUGUCGUGGCUCUUGAGUUACCCUUCCUGUGCGAUGGGACCAAUUUACACGCUGCCGGAGCACAGACAGAAAGGCUACGCCAAAGCCCUGGUCACCAUAUUGGCAAAGAAACUACAUUCAGACGGCUGCCCGGUCUACUGCUUCAUUAAGUUGGAGAACCAACCAUCGUACAGGCUUUUGACCAGUUUAGGCUUCACCAGGGAUCUGUCUUAUAGGAAUGCUUGGCUUUAUUUUAAUCAGGCAUCUAUGACUCCAUAAUUACUUUCCUGUCAUGACAUUACAUUCCUGUCAUGAUUGUACAAUUGAAGGUGGCGUUCGGCACACGUUCAUCCAAUAUCUUAUCCAUUUGUAACCCUGUGAAUGGUUGGCUCUCCAGUUUAAUAUCUAUCUACAUGUAGUCUUUUUAAAAAAAAUUAAUUUCUUGCUAUUUUCUGGUAACAUUAUAGAUUAUUCUGUUUAAGUGCUAUUAAAGUAAAACUUUUUGUUGUUCUUGCAUUACAACAAUAAAACCACGAGAAACUUAUAUUGUGUUACAAAUGUGUGAUCUGUAAGACACAAAGGCAAAUUAAAUGAUCCCCCUGCAGCUUAUCUUUUGCAAAAAUGAAACUGCCAUCAAUCAUUUCAACAAAUUUAACCCCAAACACACACAGCCUUGUAAAUUAUCCAUUUUUUUAGAUUAGCAAAUAAAAUUGAUUCAAAACAUACUCGAUAUCUCAAACAAAGUUAGACAUUUCUCUCUUUCUUAUGGCAGUGAAGCUUGGAAUUGUAUUAUUAUUUGGAUUAUUUUGAUCACUUUUCACACCAAUGAGAUCGAUGAUGCUAUUGAUGUAGGAUCUUCCUCGUUCAAU